AAUUUAUUUCUUUCAUUAGACGACCAUCAUUUGGGACGCUUCAACGGGCCAGUGCACGCAGCAGUUUGCUUUCCAUUCCGCCACAGCACUCGACGUAGAUUGGCAGUCGAAUGUCAGUUUUGCCUCAUGCUCCACUGACCAGUGUAUUCAUGUUUGUAAGCUGGGCAGUGACAAGCCAACCGCAUCAAUGAUCUCCAAAUUAAAGCAAGCCUGUGGCUUCGAGUAUACUUUGAAUCUUCAGCGUAUGUUUCAAGACAUUGGAGUCAGUAAAGAUCUCAACGAACAAUGUAAGCGACAUCUGGCCAACUCUGCUGAACCACUCGACAUCGAUUUCAGUAUUCAGGUCCUGUCAUCUGGUUCUUGGCCGUUUCAGCAAUCAGUCAAUUUUUCUCUUCCAUCCGAACUCGAGCGCUCCGUCCAACGUUUUACUACUUUUUACAGCAGCCAGCACAGUGGGCGCAAACUGCUCUGGCUCUUUCAAAUGUCUAAAGGCGAAUUAGUCACCAACUGUUUCAAAAAUAGAUACACACUUCAGGUUUCUGAUAAUUUGGUUUAGAUUACAGUUAUUAAA